UAUGUGGCUGUUUCUAGAAACACAAACAAGCGUCCAUUGUUCUUUGUAAUAUGCUCAUGUAAUACACCAGUUUAAUUUUAGACCUUGUUAAUCAAGGCUGUGGAUUUUCGUUGAGAAAUAGUUUAUCAUAGAAGGAAAUCGUUUUCCGUUCGUUUUAAUUCCCCGACUUGGAACACUUUGUUAAUUUACAUUAAUCACAAUCGGUGACUGUGAGUCUGUGUUGCAAAUAAGUCAACUUGAAUCAGUGGACUUUUGUCGGUCUGUGUGAAUGGGUGAAUUGUCGAACGGUGCGUCGUGCCAUUAUGUAAAUGAAUGGUCUAAGCUUCAGACACGGAUCUUCCCUGGAUUGAAAAGGCAAACAGAAAAAAAAAUAACUGUCAAUCAACGGUGGGCGGAGCCUAGCCAGAACGAGGCCUUAGCCAGCUACCUACAAUAAUUUGUGCCGAGUACGACUAGUAAACAUCAGGAUGAGGGGGACGAGUACACGCUUCGUUGUGCUCUGGUUUAUUACAUUACAACUAUCUAUGGUUACGUGUACAGCAGUGUUCGAACUUAAAUUAUCAUUAUUUAAAAACGAGGACGGAUUAAAUACCGACGGUAAUUGUUGUAAUGGAUUUCGUAAGGAUGGGAAGUGCAGUGAUACCUGUCGGACUUUCUUCUGGAUCUGUCUUACGCAUUAUCAAAAGACGAUACCCGACGAUGCCUCUUGUACAUUUGCCAGUGUUACAACACCUAUUUUGGGAUCUAACUCGGUGAAUUUUAGUGCUCAACUGCCCGUCAAAUUUGACAAUCCUCUUGAUUUCUCCAUUCCUUACUCCUGGCCGGGUACUUUCUCUCUGAUUGUCAACGCCUACCACGACACGACGCUGAACGGUCCCGCACAAGGAAGCCCCAGAGAGCUCGUGUCGACCUUGAAGACACAGAGGUCAUUGGAUGCUGGAGGGAACUGGCUCUCGUUCACACACUCCACGAGGUAUACGGAACUCAACUACAGUUACAGAGUAUACUGUGACGACAACUAUUAUGGUUCCGAAUGCUCCAACUUCUGUCGACCCCGAAAUGACCCGUUUGGACAUUACAGGUGUGACGAAACAGGCCAGAAAGUGUGCGUGGAGGGAUGGGAAGGUCCUUAUUGCGACAGAGCAAUCUGUUUACCGGGUUGUCAUCCAGACCACGGCUUCUGUGACGCCCCGUACGAAUGCAAUUGUCGGAUGGGCUACAAGGGUACGUUCUGCGAACAAUGCGAGAAAUACCCCGGAUGUAUGAACGGCACGUGCACGAAACCAUGGGAGUGUAUCUGUGAAGAAGGCUGGGGAGGACUCUUUUGCAACCAAGAUUUGAAUUUCUGUACCCACCAUUCGCCCUGUCGUAAUGGUGGAAUCUGCACAAACACCGGUCAGGGGAGUUACACUUGUACCUGUCAGUCCGGCUUCAUGGGUACCAACUGCGAGAUCGAAAUGGACGAUUGCGAACAACAGCCAUGUCAAAAUGGCGGCACCUGUCAAGACUCGGGGACCGGCUACAAAUGUAAAUGUCCCGACGGUUUUACGGGCAGACGAUGCGACACUCUAGCGGUGUCGUGCGAGAAUGAGCCGUGUAAGAACGGUGCUCCAUGCGAGAACACAAACACCAGCUACAGAUGCACUUGUCUUCCCGGAUAUACUGGGUACAACUGUGACGCAGAAAUCAACGAAUGCGCAGCCUACCCCUGUCUGAACAAAGGCCGAUGCGUGGACGAAUUGAAUGGCUACAGGUGUGUGUGCGCGGUCGGAUUCCAGGGCCAGCACUGCGAAGAGAACAUCGUCGAUUGCAAGCAAAACACGUGUUUGAACGGAGGAACGUGCAGGGACCGAAUCAACGGGUUCGAAUGCCACUGUAUUCCCGGCUUUGUGGGAUCGCUGUGUCAAAAGGAUGUGGACGACUGCGAGCUCCGGCCAUGUUCCAACGGUGGCACGUGCCACGACAAGGUCAAUGACUUCACGUGCGAUUGUCUCCCGGGUUUCACUGGCAAAGAUUGCCGCGUGAUUAAGAACGAAUGUGAAAAUGACCCUUGUAAGAAUGGCGGCAGUUGUAUGGAUCUCCUUAAUGACUUCCAGUGUUUGUGUCUGUCCGGUUUUUCCGGCAAAGAUUGUAGAAUUACGGACGACACGACACCUAACCAAAACGGCUCCAUAAUAAACGUGGUCAACGAAAUCAAACAGAGUGCCGAGGAGGAGAUUACCAUGAUGCAACUUGUGCUUAUCGUGUGUCUUGGUGUCGGUAUCCCGCUUCUCCUUCUCAUCAUCGUUGUGAUCUUCUUCCUGCUGAGGAAGAGGAACCCCAGCCCCGCGGAACCACACGCGACAGAGAAGGAGCAAAAUCUACAAAACAGUCAUAUCAACAACAAACUAGAAUCGGGCAUAUUUACGACGGGUCCACUGCCACAGAGUGGUCCUGGCGUGUCCAAUGUGAAAACAACAAACGAAGACAAUGACUUCAACACGUUCAAACCGGGACACAGUAGUUAUUACGAAAAACCAACAAAUAAGCAGUUUCUGUAUAGCAAAGACUUAAAUACAGAAAAGUUUGCAAAGACUCCCCCUCCUCCCCCGCCUCCCAAAGACAUUAACAUUAAACAUAGUGAGUGUUACGACACCGACAACUCUUCGGGGAGUAACUCCAUAAAUGAUGUCAGUUGUUACAACACAGACAUACACAUCAUUGGGAGUUCUCGGACACUUAGCAAAGACACAAAUAGACACUCAGCCUCCAUAUUGGAGCAACACGCGCAGCACGUGCCUCCGCCCCAUCAUCCGCACGUGCAUCGACAGUCGUUUUACGGUGACGAGGUGCUAGCGACGGAGGUAUAGCACCUCUUCAAAUGGACACCUUUAUACAUUUCCAUGUCUCUUGCAAUAUACCAGGAUGUAAUAACUAUUCUUUGCUAAACAGAUAUGCAUAUUUUGGAAUUUUGAUUUAAAGUGCCUUUUGUGUUUUUUUGUACAGUGAAAUUAAGCGCGAAAUAUUGUUUUUUUUUCACAUUGAUACCAAAUUUAGAUUUUGGAAUUGUGGAUGUUUCUGUCUCCCGGAGCGGCGCACUCAGAUGGGAAUUAUUAGGCUAAAAGCCAGAUUAUGCAACUCUACUUUCGCUGAGUGGACGGCAAGGCCGUAGUUUCUGUUGACAUAAGUGUGCUCCCACUUUGGACAAUGUGUAUGUGUUGGUCCUCCAGAUAUCGGUGCUUGAGCCAUCUGUCACUAUGGGCACUGGCCUGCUUGACCACAAUGGAAAUAUCGGACAAUGUAUAAAGAUAUAAACGCUGGACACACGAACUUGUGAUAACUUUGUCAAUCCAUCCAUUUAGAUUUAUUUAUUGGCUGAUUGUGUAGGACCGGAAGUGACUGGUUGUCCUGGUCACGUGACCAAACAUGGCUACUAUGUUUUUCCGUUUCUGCAUGGACAUUUCUUAAUUUUGUUGAAUCUUUGCAUGAAGACGUUUUGUUGAAAGUUGUGAAUGUGUUUUUUUCGUGUGCGUGGAAGUGUUUGUUGAUUUGACUGAGUUGAAGAUUGUUUUUGGUAGUGUGCAAGUGACGG